AUGCUCUGCUUUGCGAAAGACAGCCGUAUUUAUUCUCAAUCGAGCCCCAUCUGUCUGAGAAAGGAUCUAACUCACAAAGAUCCUGUUUUGGGGUUGGCCUUUGGACUCUCCUCUGACAUUGUCCUGGAUCUCUCUCACUCUGCUCCUGGGUCCCUGCCCCUGGGUCCUUACCCUGGGUCCCUGCCCCUGGGUCCCUACUCUGGGUCCCUACCCUGGGUCCCUGCCCCUGGGUCCCUGCCCCUGGGUCCCUACCCUGGGUCCCUGCCCCUGGGUCCCUGCCCCGGGUCCCUGCCCCGGGUCCCUGCCCUGGGUACCUGCCCUGGGUCGCUGCCCCUGGGUCCCUGCCCUCGGCCUACCCUGCCCCUGGGUCCCUACCCUGGGUCCCUGCCCCUGGGUCCCUGCCCCUGGGUCCCUGCCCUGGGUCCCUGCCCCUGGGUCCCUGCCCUGGGUCCCUGCCCCUGGGUCCCUGCCCCUGGGUCCCUGCCCUGGGUCCCUGCCCCUGGGUCCCUGCCCCUGGGUCCCUACCCUGGGUCCCUGCCCCUGGGUCCCUGCCCCUGGGUCCCUACCCUGGGUCCCUGCCCCUGGGUACCUGCCCUGGGUCCCUGCCCCUGGGUCCCUGCCCUCGGCCUACCCUGCCCCUGGGUCCCUGCCCCUGGGUCCCUGCCCCUGGGUCCCUGCCCUCGGCCUACCCUGCCCCUGGGUCCCUGCCCUGGGUCCCUGCCCCUGGGUGCCUGCCCCUGGGUCCCUGCCCUGGGACCCUGCCCCUGUGUCCCUGCCCCUGGGUCCCUGCCCUGGGUCCCUGCCCCUGGGUCCCUGCCCUGGGUCCCUGCCCCUGGGUCCCUGCCCCUGGGACCCUGCCCCUGGGUCCCUGCCCUGGAACCCUGCCCCUGGGUCCCUGCCCCUGGGUCCCUGCCCCGGGUACCUGCCCCUGGGACCCUGCCCCUGGGUCCCUGCCCUUGGCCUACCCUGCCCCUGGGUCCCUGCCCCUGGGUCCCUGCCCUGGGUCCCUGCCCUGGGUCCCUGCCCCUGGGUCCCUGCCCUGGGACCCUGCCCCUGGGUCCCUGCCCCUGGGUCCCUGCCCCUGGGACCCUGCCCCUGGGUCCCUGCCCCUGGGUCCCUGCCCUGGGUCCCUGCCCCUGGGUCCCUGCCCCUGGGACCCUGCCCCGGGUCCCUGCCCCUGGGACCCUGCCCCUGGGUCCCUGCCCCUGGGUCCCUGCCCUGGGUCCCUGCCCCUGGGUACCUGCCCUGGGUCCCUGCCCUGGGUCCCUGCCCCUGGGUCCCUGCCCUGGGUCCCUGCCCCUGGGUACCUGUCCUGGGUCCCUGCCCCUGGGUCCCUGCCCUCGGCCUACCCUGCCCCUGGGUCCCUACCCUGGGUCCCUGCCCCUGGGUCCCUGCCCCUGGGUCCCUGCCCUGGGUCCCUGCCCCUGGGUCCCUGCCCCGGGUCCCUGCCUCUGGGUCCCUGCCCCUGGGUCCCUGCCCUGGGUCCCUGCCCCUGGGACCCUGCCCCUGGGUCCCUGCCCUGGGACCCUGCCCCUGGGUCCCUGCCCCUGGGUCCCUGCCCUGGGUCCCUGCCCCUGGGACCCUGCCCCUGGGUCCCUGCCCCUGGGACCCUGCCCCGGGACCCUGCCCCUGGGUCCCUGCCCCUGGGUCCCUGCCCUGGCUCCCUGCCCCUGGGUCCCUGCCCCUGGGUCCCUGCCCUGGCUCCCUGCUCUCGGCCUACCCUGCCCUGGGUCCUUGCCCUCGGCCUACCCUGCCCUGGGAACAGGCUAA